CAAAAACACAAACGCCCACCUAUCACUGCCUCCACUCACUUUCUAUCACAGCAACUCAAGAUGGCGGCAGCUUCCUCCAUCCAGCCGCCGACCGUUCACUCUUUGAACCAGGAAAGUGCAAAUAUCCCGGAUUCUGACAGCCCGGAGAGCCGGCAGGAUGAGGACGCAGCAUCCGAGGGGACCAGUCUCAGAGACUUACCCGAUUUGGAACCGGAGGAAAUUGAGAAGAGGCUAGAGAAAACUCGCCGCGAGCUGAGCAACAGGAGGAAAAUACUCAUUAAAAACCUUCCACAAGAUACAACCAACCAGGAGGUCCAUGAGAUUCUGAGAGAAUACGAGCUCAAGUACUGCUUUGUGGACCGCACCAAAGGGACAGCAUUUGUGACCCUGCUGAACGGUGACCAGGCUCAGGAUGCCAUCCGCUCCCUCCACCAGAGCAUUGUGCGCAGCCGGGACAUCACAGUGCAGCUCCAGCCCACAGACAGUCUGCUCUGCCUCACCAACCUGCCCCACACCUUUACUGCCCAGCAGCUGGAGGACCUAGUCCGUUCCUACGGAAACAUAGAGCGCUGCUUCCUGGUCUACAGCGAGCUCACCGGACACUCCAAGGGCUACGGCUUUGUGGAAUACAUGAAGAAGGACUCAGCGUCGCGGGCGCGGUCGGAGCUACUGGGGCGACCAGAGGGGGACCGUGCGGUCAUGGUCCAAUGGACAGAUGUGAACCAGUUGACUGCGGGUCACCACCUCCACUCUAAGUGCCUCUGUGUGGACCGGCUGCCCCAGGAGUACGACUCAGAAGAGCUGACCCUCCUGUUCUCAGACAGAUACAAACCUGUCUUCUGCCAGCUAGCCCAGGAUGAGGGCAGCCCGGUGCGAGGGUUCGGGGUGGUGGAGUAUGAGAGUGCAGAGCAGGCGGAGGCCAUACUGAUAGAGAUGGACAGAACACUGGUGGGAGGACAGGAGAUCCGUCUCUCUCUCUGCACCCCCGGAACCUCAGGCAGGAGCACAUUGGCAGCGCUCAUUGCUGCUCAGGGUGUGAUGUUGAGUAAUAAGAAGGGCUUACUGCCGGAGCCCAACUUGGCCCAGCUGCUGAACAGCAUGACCAACCCAGCAGCCCUACAGGUCCUCAUGAGGCCUUACCACACUGGCAAACGAGGAGGGAAGUUUGGGCGGCCUCCUAGCCUGUCUCCAUUCCUCAGACCCCCCCUCACAGCAGCCCUGUUCCAACUGGGGAAGGUACAGCAGAGUUCCAUGUUGGGGAACGGUCUGGUGCUUCAGAAUCUAUUGCACAUGCAGCUGGCCCAGCAGCAGCUCCUGCACAUCAAGGACAAGCACAUGAGCAAUGUAUCUAGUCUGUUGGGUGACCCCUCUCGUCUACUUCUACAGAAAGUGCUUGGUCUCAGGCCUCCAGCCCCCAUGGCCCUGGGAAAGGGUCUGCUGGGUGACUCCCCCACUGAGUUAGGUCAGGAGUCCCUGCCAAUGUCCAGUCAGGCCUCAGUGUCGGCAGCGGGCAUGAUGCCCUACCUGCAGGCGCAGACACACCUGGGAACAGCCGUGGGAGGGGAACAGAACGGGGCCUGCAUCUACACCACAGCCUCUGACAGGCAACCAGCCCCUCCUGGGACCAUGGCGAAUGCUCAGGGACAGAGCUACUACUUGGGUCCCCCACCACCUAAAGCUCCAGGGGGCCACCAGCUCGGUCGACACAGCUACAGCAGCACUGAGAGUAGCCCAGCUAGUGGAGCUCCCAGCAGUCAGUUCUCUCUCCUGGGUGAACCCCCUAAAGAGAUGAAGCUACCUUCCAAUCCAUACCUGAAUCUAGCUAGUGUGUUACCUGGCAUGGUGCUGCAAGCCCCGGCGGCCUGUAAAAUGCAGACAGGGCAGCCUCUAGUUGGGGUGUACAGCAGUGCUAUGCCCCCUGUCUCCCAACCCUCCACUUCCCAAACCCCAGCACCCUACAGCACCGAUACCUCUGCAGACUACAGUCACUACAGCCAGGCAUACUCACAGGAGGCUAUGCAGCAGUGGUACCAGCACUACCAAGCCCAGAGCUACAGCACCGACCCACAGGAGAGCCAAGCUAAGGACUAUAGCAAGGAGCACACACAGCAGGCUGUGGCAGCGGCGGUGCCAUCCUAUGGGGAUUACAGCUCCUACAUGCAGGCUGUCAGUCAAUACUAUUGUCAGCCUCCGAUGACCCAGCCACCUCCCCAGGUCUACCAGCACAGAGACCCUACUAAGGAGGCUGAUGUGUGUAAGUCGCUGGGUGUGUCUCUCCAAGCAGUCAGUAACGGCGGUGCCCAGUCGGUGCUGCCCGCCGCGGUCCUGCCAGCCUACAGCACCAUGCCUAUGAUGUCAGGCUUCAUGGCCGCGCCACCUCACGCCACACACCCACCCAGCUCCACCACACACAUCCAGAGUGCCCACGCCACCAAUGAAUGGAACCAGUACUACUACAAUCAGACGACUCGGGGGCAGAAGCGGGAGUACCCUCACUUGGCCGUGCACAAUAUGACAUCAGAGGGGGCGUACGUGGGUCAGCACUCCCAGGGGCUGGGGGGUCAGUACGCUGACUACUUCAAGAAGAAGAGGAUCUAGAGAUGACCUCUGAAACUCUGCACCCUAUCUCCUAAACGAUACAGUACAUACACAGUCUCAGCUUUAGUGUUGUAUGAUGUUGGUAUACACACAGACACACACAAGGCAGACUGACACACACACACUAUGUUGCUUUUGUCCUGUUCAAGCCUUAACUCUUAACUCAGUUGGUGAAAAUGUUUCUUGACUAAUAAUGUACAUUGUUUCUAAUGUAUGUGAGCUGCUUCUGUAUUUUAGGGUCAGUCAGUCUGCCUUGUUGAAGGCCAGUCAGUGUGUAGUCAGGUUUCCCUCUCUCUCUGUUUCUAUCACUCUGUUUCUAAUCUCUCUGUGCGCUUUUCUACAAACGGGGGAAACUGGCCAGUGUUGCAGACAGAGUUGAUUUGAUGACUCACUUUAACUGACGUGUUUUUCUCUUCAGUGUCUUUCUCUUUUUCUGAUUGCCUAAGCUCUCCUUUUAUCUCUCUCUUUGUGGAGACCUUGAUGUAGUGUGUGCGUGUUGUGUCGUAAGUGUAGGAGUGAUCAGCCAUUCGCAGGGUAGAAGAAGGCAGGGCUACCCUGGAAACUCAGAGACACAGGGAGAGGGAUGUCUCAUCACUGCUUUUAACCUUGAACAAUGGACACUUAUAGACUCCUAUUGGUGUGGUGUACUAGGAAAUGAAUGGACACCUAACUUGGUACCUUAUAGACAUGACAAUAGUCACUGAGUGGACACCUCUUUGGGUCGAUAUAGCCAUGUAUUAUAACUAGCUAGUGGAUGGACAUUUCCAAGACCUAGGCCUUCUUCUUAUGGCUCUGUGUAUGAUAGCUACAGGGUGGAAACCUUUUUACUGUUUAUAAUGGCUGUCGUUUUAUGUAGGGGCCAUUGAACAGUGGCUCAGUCCAGGAACAGAAGAGGUUCCCAGGCUCCCCUCUUCUUUUUCUGCCUUUUUUUAAAAUUACUUUUCUGGAUGGGAGACAAAAAAAACAAUCAACUUUAAUACUGCUUCAUAAACUGCCAUUAGAAAUUAAACAAGAAAAAUUCAGGAGAGUAGCCAUGUUGAAUUAUCUCAGAGUAAUUUACAUUUUGAUUCAGUCAAUUCAGAAAGUAAAAGAUGACUGAAUUGAAAAAGCAGCGUUCUCCUGUGUCACGUGACUUGAAGUACUGAUGUUUUUAGUGGUGUCCUAUAUCAUGCUCUUAACGGGCAAAGCUGUAACAUAUUUCAAACCCUUUCAGUGCUGUGUUACACUGGCUUAGAGCCAUACUUUUACUUGUACUGUGUGUGUGUGUAUGUUGGACUUGGCUUUUCCAGCCAGUUGAUUGCUAGGUUCAACCACAUCUUUAAAAGGCAAUGCUUAGAAGUGUGUGUAGCUUCUUUAUUUCUGUGUGUGUGUGUGUGUGAGAGAGAGAGAGAGAGAGAGACUGUAGGAAGCUGUCUCAGUCAGUGUCUGUAAAAGGCAGACCCAGGCAGGUCAUAAUGUCUGUCUGUAGUCAGGCACUUUAAGCCAGUCUGUGUUGUUUUAAUGGCCCUCUGAUUUAAUUAGCCUUUUUUCUCUAAGCCAUUACCGGGUGUGCCACAGUGCUAUGCAGAGCUGUGCCUGUGUGUUUUCUGACCUGCUCAUUUCCUUCUUUGCCUAAUAGCAGGUCCAUAUGUUUUUAUAGGAAUUCAGUGUACUGUAUGUAGUCUGAGUUUGUGUGUGAAUAAGUUGUGUGUGCGUUAAUAACCUGCUUUUGGCAGGUAUGAGGGGAACAGACAGCAGAGAGGGAGAAAGAGAGGAGUGGGAGAGAGAAAGAAAGGAGAGUGGGAGAGAGAGAGAAAGAGAGGAGAGUGGGAGAGAAAGAGGAGAGAGAGUAGAGAAAGAGAGGAGUGGGAGAGAGAGAAAGAGAGGAGAGUGGGAGAGAAAGGAGAGAGUAGAGAAAGGAGUGGGAGAGAGAAAGAGAGGAGUGGGAGAGAGAAAGAGAGGAGUGGGAGAGAGGAGAGUGGGAGAGAAAGAGAGGAGAGUGGGAGAGAGAAAGAGAGGAGAGUGGGAGAGCGAGAAAGAGAGGGACAGAGAGAAAAACAGCUCCAGCUGCUAGCACAGUCUGUGUUUAUUAAUUUGGCGUUCCAUUUUGAUGUCUUUUUUUCCCUGUCUCUGUGUGCACACGUGCGUGCGUGCAUUUAGCGGAGGUCUCUUAUGGUAUGCUCCAGGUCUGUUACCAUAUAAUAUUGUGAUGAUAGUCAGCACAGAUACCUCAUUACCUCUGCAUGACAUCUCUCUGUCUCCUCUUAGAAGUGUUCCCUUUUAGUAUUGCAUGUACACUGAGUAUAACAGACAUUAGGACCCCCCCCCCCCCUCAGAACAGGACUCUACAAGGUGUUGAAAGCGUUCCACAGGGAUAAUGGCCCAUGUUGACUCCAAUGCUUCCCACAGUUGUGGCAAAUUGGCUGGAUGUUUUGGGUAGUGGACCAUUCUUGAUACACAUGUUUUUUGACACAAUAAAACUUGUGUGCCUGGCACCUACUACCAUAAUCAGUUCAAAGACACUUAAAUAUUUUGGUUUUGCCCAUUCACCCUCUGAAUGGCACACAUACACAAUCCAUGUCUCAACUGUAGCAAAGCUUAAAACUCCUGUCUCCUCCCCUUCAUCUACACUGAUUGAAAGAGCAGUGUUUUGUACACUCUGUGUAUAGCGUUGAUGUUACAGGUUUUAAAGCAAGCCCUGGUUAAAGGGGAGAAUGAUAAUCAGCAGUGGAAUUGGCCUCAAGGGCCAGAGUGCUUUUAGUUUUGCUAGAACCAGUGACCUGACCAGAGGUUGAAGGGUUAAGGGCUUUCCCAUCUACAGUAACAAUCAAAAGUUUAGACACACCUACUCAUUCAAGGGUUUUUCUUUAUUUUUUAUAAUAGUGACGACAUCACAACUAUGAAAUAACACAUAUGGUAUCAUGUAGUAACCAAAAAAGUGUUAAACAAAUCAACAUUUAUUUUAUAUUUGAGAUUCUUUACUGUAGCCACCCUUUGCCUUUAAUAACAGCUUUGCACACUCUUGGCAUUCUCUCAACUAGCUUCAUGAGGUAGUCACCUGGAAUGCAUUUCAAUUAACAGGUGUGCCUUGUUAAAAGUUAAGAAGGAAAUAAAUUCCACAAAUGAAUCAGUUGUGUUGUGACAAGGUAGGGGUGGUAUACAGAAGAUAGCCCUAUUUGGUAAAAGACCAAGUCCAUAUUAUGGACUCAAAUAAGCUCAAAUAAGCAAAGAGAAAUGACAGUCCAUCAUUACAUUAAGACAUGAAAGGUCAGUCAAUCCAGAAAAUUACAAGAACUUUGAAAGUGUCUUCAAGUACAGUCGCAAAAACCAUCAAGCGCUAUGAUUGAACUGACUCUCAUGAGGACGGCCACAGGAAAGGAAGACCCAGAGUUACAUCUGCUGCAGCAGAUAAGUUCAUUAGAGUUACCAGCCUCAGACUGCAGCCCAAAUAAAUGCUUCAGAGUUCAAGUAACAGACACAUCAACAUCAACUGUUCAGAGGAGACUGUGUGAAUCAAGCCUUCAUGGUCAAAUCGCUGCAAAGAAACCACUACUAAAGGACACCAAAAAGAAGAAGAGACUUGUUUGGGCCAAGAAACACGAGCAAUGGACCUUAGACCGGUGGAAAUCUGUCCUUUGGUCUGAUUAGUCCAAAUUUGAGAAUUUUGUUUUCAACCGCUGUGUCUUUGUGAGGCGCAGAAUAGGUGAACGGAUGAUCUCCGCAAGUGUGGUUCCCACAGUGAAGCAUGGAGGAGAUGUGAUGGUGUGGGGGUGCUUUGCUGAUGUCACUGAUUUAUUUAAAAUUCAAGGAACACUUAACCAGCAUGGCUACCACAGUAUUCUGCAGCGAUAAGCCAUCCCAUCUGGUUUGCGCUUAGUGGGACUAUCAUUUGUUUUUCAACAGGACAAUAAGCCAACACACCUCCAGGCUGUGUACAGGAUAUUUGACCAAGAAGGAGAGUGAUGGAGUGCUGCAUCAGUUGACCUGGCCUCCACAAUCACCCGACCUCAACCCAAUUGGGAUGGUUUGGGAUGAGUUGGACCGCAGAGUGAAGGAAAAGCAGCCAACAAGUGCUCAGCAUAUGUGGGAACUCCUUCAAGACUGUUGGAAAAGCAUUCCAGGUGAAGCUGGUUGAGAUAAUGCCAAGAGUGUGCAAAGCUGUUAUCAAGGCAAAGGGUGGCUACUUUGAAGAAUCUAAAUAUAUACAUAUAAAUAUAUUUCUCAUUUUGUCUGUCAUAGUUGAAGUGUACCUAUGAUGAAAAUUACAGGCCUCAUCUUUUUAAGUGGAAGAACUUGCACAAUUGGUGGCUGACUAAAUACUUUUUUGCCCCACUGUAUUUUGAUUAGUUUAACACUAUUUUGGUUACUACAUGAUUCCUUAUGCAUUAUUUGAUAAUUAUUCUACAAUGUAGAAAACAGUAAAAAAAAAAAAACAUUGAGUAGGUGUGUCCAAACUUUCGACUGGUACUGUAUAUCGGUUGUGCCCAUCUUUGCAUGUUGACAUCUAGGUGUAUUGUUAUAUUCAUUGGAAACAAGGUACACGGUCAGUGUUGUAGGAGAAUCAGCUAGUUUGAUGUGUCUGUAGGCUGCGUUGACACAACAAUGUUGGUACUACACUGGGUGAGCACGAAGAGUGAGCCUGUGCCUAGGGUACUGAACCGUGUGAGUGUGUGUGUGUGAGAGAGAGAGCUUUGCAAUACUGAAGUGUUUACGACUGAACAGAAUAUUUUAAAGGCUUUACAGUCAUGGCCAAAAGUUUUGAGAAUGACAAAAAUGAAUUUCCACAAAGUUUGCUGCUUCAGUGUCUUCAGAUAUUUUUGUCAGAUGUUACUAUGGAAUACUGAAGUAUAAUUACAGUGUGUCAACCUUUUCUUGACAAUUACAUUAAGUUGAUGCAAAGAGUCAAUAUUUGCAGUGUUGACCCUUCUUUUUCAAGACCUCUGCAUUCCGCCCUGGCAUGCUGUCAAUUAACUUCUGGGACAUCCUGACUGAUGGCAGCCCAUUCUUGCAUAAUCAAUGCUUAGAGUUUGUCAGAAUUUGUGGGUUUUUGUUUGUCCACCCACCUCUUGAGGAUUGACCACAAGUUCUCAAUGGGAUUAAGGUCUGGGGAGUUUCCUGGCCAUGGACCCAAAAUAUCGAUGUUUUGUUCCCCGAGCCACUUAGUUAUCGCUUUUGACUUAUGGCAAGGUGCUCCAUCAUGCUGGAAAAGGCAUUGUUCGUCACCAAAUUGUUCCUGGAUGGUUGGGAGAAGUUGCUGUCGGAGGAUGUGUUGAUACCAUUCUUUAUUCAUGCCUGUGUUCUUAGGCAAAACUGUGAGUGAUCCCACUCCCUUGGCUGAGAAGCAACCCCAAACAUGAAUGGUCUCAGGAUGCUUUACUGUUGGCAUGACACAGGACUGAUGGUAAGCGCCCACCUUGUCUUCUCCGGACAAGCUUUUUUCCGGAUGCCCCAAACAAUUGGAAAGGGGAUUCAGAGAAAAUGACUUUACCCCAGUCCUCAGCGGUCCAAUCCCUGUACCUUUUGCAGAAUAUCAGUCUGUCCCUGAUGUUUUUCCUGGAGAGAAGUGGCUUCUUUGCUGCCCUUCUUGACACCAGGCCAUCCUCCAAAAGUCUUCGCCUCACUGUGUGUGCAAAUGCACUCACACCUGCCUGCUGCCAUUCCUGAGCAAGCUCUGUACGGGUGGUGCCCCGAUCCAGCAGCUGAAUCAACUAUGAGACAGUCCUGGCGCUUGCUGGACUUUCUUGGGCGCCCUGAAGCCUUCUUCACAACAAUUGAACCACUCUCCUUGAAGUUAUUGAUGAUCCGAUAAAUGUUUGAUUUAGGUGCAAUCUUACUGGCAGCAAUAUCCUUGCCUGUGAAGCCCUUUUUGUGCAAAGCAAUGAUGACGGCACGUGUUUCCUUGCAGGUAACCAUGGUUGACAGAGGAAGAACAAUGAUUCCAAUCACCACCCUCCUUUUGAAGCUUCCAGUCUGUUAUUCGAACUCGAUCAGCAUGACAGAGUGAUCUUCAGCCUUGUCCUCGUCAACACUCACACCUGUGUUAACAAGAGAAUCACUGACAUGAUGUCAGCUGGUCCUUUUGUGGCAGGGUUAAAAUGCAGUCGAAAUGUUUUUGGGGGAUUCAGUUCAUUUGCAUGGCAAAGAGGGACUUUGCAAUUCAUCUGAUCACUCUUCAUAACAUUCAGGAGUAUAUGCAAAUUUCCAUCAUACAAACUGAGGCAGCAGACUUUGUGAAAAUUAAUAUUUGUGUCAUUCAAAACUUUUGGCCAUGACUGUAGACCCAGAUUGGGUGUGCUAUUUGCUUUCUACUGUUUUUUUUGUGUUUUUUUUAAGUAUGUGGAUUCUUUCUGACAUGAAAUCUCUACCGUAGAUUUUGCAAUAUUUUAUAUUACAACUACGUUGAUAUUGCUUUACUGUGAAUAAGCUAUUUCUAGAUGCAAUCGAAUUUUAGCAUGCAUAUUUACUGCUGUAAUAUACAAAUAUGUUUUCAACAAUUAAUAUUGCGUUUGACACUUUGGAAUUUGACACAGAAGGCAAAAAAAUACAUUUUAGAUUUUAUUUAUUUUAAUUGUGUAUUUAUGUAAAUGUUUCCGAGAGUCAUUAUUUCUUUGUCUUAUUCCUCUGAAAAAUGUAUUUGUUUUCUCUUCUUUAUGAGCAGAAAGAAUGGUCUUUUACAUUCCAGAAUAAACAUGGACUGUAAACUGAAAAACUAUUCUGUGUUGUCUUCUUCUUGCAUUGACUAUCUCAUCCACACAUUGUCUGUCCAGCACCUUCUUUACAUAUGUUCUCAAUAUCACAUUUUCCCUUUUCAACUGUGUUUGCCUACGGUAAAGAUACCUGUAAGUCAGUGGAGGCUGGUGGGAGGAGCUAUAGGAGGAUGGGCUCAUUGUAAUGGCCGCAAUGGAAUUAAUGGUACGGAGUCAAACGUGGUUUCCAGAUCUUUGUGUUUGAUACCGUUCCAUUUACUCCAUUCCAGCCAUUACAAUGUGCCCGUCCUCCUAUAGCUCCUCCCACCAGCCUCCACUGCUGUACGUGCUGUAGACAUUACUGGCAUAUGCAUUUCAUGAGCUAUACAACGAUGUCUGUUCCGCUAAUUAUUUUUCUGUGGUUUACCCUUUUAGACGGUCUCAAAUAACGCCCUUUUUAAGGAUCUGUUCUUCAUCUCCUUCCUUCACACCCCCAAUAUUGUAUAUUCAAAUAAAGACAUGAAAUAUUGGACAUACACAUUAUGGCUGUACUUAAGAAGCGGUUUUGAAAUACAAGCGGUUUACAGUAAAGUUUAUGUAAAGCUAUACUGCCCUCCAUUGUCCAUCACAAGUACUACUUUCCCAUCCUCCUCCCUUCAAUGUAAACAGUAUCCUUCAUCCCAAUCCAACCCACUGCUAACAGUAUACUAUAUCCCAUACAUCUUUGCUCAUUGGGUAUUUAUUAUUACUUGUUUUACCUUUCUAUUAUUUUACUCGCUGCAUUGUCGGGAAGGGCCCGAAUGUAAGCAUUUCACUGUUAGUCUACACCUGUUGUUUAUGAACAAUGUGCAGAAUAAAAUGUGAUUUGAUAUUUCACCAGUAUCCUAUAUCCUACACAUCUGUCACCACUUACAGGGAGGUGGCCUCAUGCAGUCAGUCCAUGGUUAGAAUCCUGUUCACUAACAUGUCGUUGGCUUUGUCACUGUGACAUCUUCACAGUGGCCGUAGCAAUCCUUUUCCAGAGUCCAUCUUGCACAGGUCCAAUCAAGGGCCUCUCUCCCGCUUUUUCUUCAACCCUUUUCUCCAUUUGAGAACUGAUUAUAAGGAUACAGGUCCACACAUACAUGGCAGAGCUGAUACAUUGUGAUAAAAGGUGAAAAGGUCAGACUGAGUGGUGGGCCCCAGGUGACAGAGGUGGACACAGCUCAGUGUCACAUUCAGCAAGGGGUCAAAGCUACAUGUUCGCACAUGUUUCAUUCCAUAUGCUAUGUAUGUAUUCAUGCUUCUACACCUGCAUUGCUUGCAGUUUGGGGUUUUAGGCCGGGUUUCUGUACAGCACUUUGAGAUAUCAGCUGAUGUAAGAAGGGCUAUAUAAAUACAUUUGAUUUGAUGAUAUUCAUCCUUAUAGUUGAUAUCUCUAGUAUAAUAUC